AUGAAUGAUUUGAUAAAUGGUAUUUUCUUAUGGGUUUUAGAUAAACACCAAAUAAAAAAAAAUCAAGGUGACAUGGAGCAUCUAACUUUAAAAUAUAUCUCAUUCUUAUAUCAAUUUUAUGGGAACUCGCCCAAAGCUUACUUCCAAAUAAAAUAGUACUUAUCAAAAAACUAAAAAAAAUCAUCAAGUUACUUUAAAAUGGUAUCUUAAGUAAUAUGUAAAGCUAUUGAGAAUACACUUGAUCAUAGAUUAGAGCAAUCAAAAGAAUCUUCUGACUAAAAUUAAAGCUUCAUAUAAAGAAAUUAAGAGUUAACAGUGUAUACAGUUAUUUAGAUUGAUUAAGUCUGCUCUAGAUUUAUUCCUCUUAUUAUUGAUUGUAUCCAAAAUAAGGUAAAUUUCUGGUAAAAUAUGCUAAAGGGAUAUAAUACAAUGGAUAAUUUUUAAAUAAGAAGUUUAGGAUUGGCUGAAAAUAUUUAAAGAUUAAGCAAGCAGUUUCACUUUAAACUAAGAUAAAUAGACAAUUUUGUCCAAUAAUAUGACAGCUAUCAACUUAAAAAGCUUAAAAUGCUUUUUUAUUUAAUUGUACUCAACGACACAAUUAAAGCUUAAAAAUUAGAUGAAGAAGGAGAUGAUAUUAAAAACAGAGAUAUGCUAAAAAGUGUAGAUAUUAUUCAUUCAUCUAAUUUCAUCAAAGGAAAUAUUUAAACAAUUAUAAUUAGCUUAAGCUAGAGAAUUGGUAAAAUUGUCUCUAAAAGGGACCAAAAGUUUAUGGAAUUUUUCGGUUAUGAUAAAGAAGAAGCAGGUUCAAUAGAAAAAAUUAACGAUUUAAUGCCAUUGUAUAUAUCAAGGUUGCAUGAUUAAUUCUUGAUGCAUUAUGUCUAAAGAGGAAGUAGCUAAUUAAUAUAAAACAAUUUUUUUUCUUUUAUCUAAACAAAGGAGGGUUUUAUUUAGCAAGCAAAAAUUUAUAUUGAUUACAUAUUUACUACUGCAGAUGAUUUUUAAAUGGCUGGCAAUAUUUUGAAAAUUAAUUCUGCCUAUGAUUUUAUGAUAUUUAAUAGAAAAGGACUAGUUGUUGGUGUUACUUAAAAUCUCAUUUCAAUGCUAUUUAGCGAAGUAAAAAAAGUACCUAAAAUAAGCUAAAUAUUACACAAAUACUACGCCUUCAUAUUUUUUAAAGAAAUAUUGAAAAUUUUCAAACAAAAAAGAGAAGAAAUAAAAAAAACUUUAUCAUAAGACGAGAUGAAUGUACAACUAGAAAAAACUAGCAAGGGUUGGCUUAAUCUAUCUGAAAGUUUUGAAUAAGUAAUGACAUAAUUUACUCAUUAUAUAGAUUAUUGCCAAAAAAAUUCAAAAGACAUAAAGAAUACUAUAGAUAUUUCCUAAAUUGAUAUUUUAAGUGAAUAGACCUUGGAUUUUUUUGAAUAAUUUUAAGCUUUUAAAUUAUUGAGAAAGAACAUAGGAUCUAAUUAAAAUUUAAGCUCUUAAGAUUUGAAAUCUAGAUUUGGAUAUAGCAAAGAUUCUAAAUCAUUGAAGUUAUAUUAAACAAGAUUAUUUUUUAAAUACUCUCUUCAUUUAAGUUAGUUUGAUCUUAAUAAAUAAGAAAGGGAUUCAAAUAAAGAGGCAUAUUUUAUUUUAAAAUUUCAUGAUUUAACAAUCAAUAAAAAGCCUAUUGGUAAGAAAAUGGAAUUCACAAAAAGUAUGAUUACUUAUCUGGGUGCAACGACAAGUAUUGGUUUGUUAUCAUAAUUUGGCUCAUAGCUGUCAAGGCUUUAAACUUUAAACUAAAAUAGCUUUAAAGACUUUUAAAGUAUCAAGUUAACUAUGAACACAAGCUCUUGUUCUUCUAAAUUUAAAGACAUACCAAUUAGAAUGAUUAACAGUUUAGUGAGAAUGAAAUCCUAAAACCAAAACGGAUUAAACUAAAUCGAAACAGAGAAUUAACCUUAAGAAAAAUCUAACAAUGCUGUUUCUAUUUUUUCAAAUAAAAUGUUAGAAAAUAUAAAAAGUAAAAGAUAACAAAUUAAAUAGAAUAUUGAUACACCAAGAGGUCAGUAAAAAGAUAACUUAAAUGAAAAUUAAAGAGAUAAUCAUGAAGGAAAUAUGUCCAGUUAGAAUGAGAGUGACCAAGAUCAAGAUGAAAGUGCUUCAGACGAAUAUUAAAAUGAUAAUCAAUAAAUUUAAGAGGUUAUAUCAAGUGAAGAAGAAGAAGAAGAGGGAGAUAAAGAAUAGAAGCUUAAAAGUCUUUUAGGUCAAAUUAAUAUGCAUGAGGAAUUCCAUAAAUCUUAGGCUAAAAGCCAAAAUCAUUAAAUCCUGAAUAAAUUUAAAAUGACUGAAAAUUAUAUUAAAUCUAUUGACCCAAACUACCAUAUUAAAAAAGUUCUAUAGCAUAAUUCCAAGCUAAGUUAAUUCAGUAUUGCACUUGAAAAUGCUAUACUUGAGGCAUAAAUGGAGAUGAUGUAAGAAUAAAGAAUCCUUGAAAAAGUUAAAUCCAUAAUUGAAGUUAAAGAAUCUUCAUCAGACCCUAUAGUGCUGAAUAAAAACAGCUCUAAUGACAGAAUAGAUACAACUUAGAUUUUUGACUAAUUUUCUAAAUAGAAAAUUGAAAGUCGUAGCAGCUUAACAAUAGAUGAUAGUCAUAGGCUAUUUUAGCAGUAAUCAAACUAAUCAAAAAAGAACUACUUUGAAUAUGCUAGCAAAGAUUCUAUUAUUUAAAAUGCUUCUGGGGGAAAAGACUCUCCUUCGCUUUUUAAAAAAAUAUCAGCAGAUUUAUCCCCAAUUCCAAAAUAAAAAGAAAAUCCCAUAAUAUAAAAUAGAAAAAGCCAGUUUACAUACUACUAAGAAGCUUCAAAUGAUACAACACUCUAUUCUUUUAUCCAUAAUAACCAAUAAGAAAAUUCGAUAAGCAAUGUAGAUCAUACUUAAAAACCAGUAUUUUAGAACCCAAAUGAACUGGCCUAUACAUUUAAUGAUUACACUUAACAGAUUAAUACACCAUCUUUAGGAAGUAAUAACGAUAUAGGAGAAGAAUAGAAAGAAUAAGUACCUAAAAAUAUUUUUUUAAAAAAUUUUCAGAAUAUUCCAAGAAAGUAAAAAUAAAAUGAAGAUGAGUAAACAAUAGAUGAAAGCAGUUAAAAAGAUAACUAUAAUUUUGAUUUUAAAUUUCAAAAGAGUAUUGACUAAUAAGAAGAUAUAGACAGAUAGUUAGAAGAAAUAAAAUCAUAAAAAAAGAAACGAUAGAAAGAUAAAAUUAUUCUGAAACAAUAGAUGUCAUUAAAAUCUACUAGAAAGACUAUUUACUCUAACUAAGACAGAAAAAAUGUUUAGAUAAAUCUUUUAUUAUAAAAAGGAUUAAAAAAAGAUGAAAACAUAAAGGAAAUGUUUGAGGGAAGUGUGAAAUCAAAUUCUUCAUCUACAAGAACUAGAUAUGGAGGAAUCUUUUUGAGAGAAAUAUUGUCCUCUAAUAGAUUACCAAUAACAGCUCAGUAUUACAAAGCAAUUUUGUUUUUUUUCUUUGUAUCCUUUGCAGUUCUAAACAUAAUCAGUCUAAAUGUAAUUUCAACAACAAUGAAUAGUUUUUCUGCAUAUAUUGCAAUUAUUAGAGUACCAAGACAAUUUUAAAGAUAAUAUAGCAUUGCCUUAAUGGGAAAGUAUGCAUAAUAACAAAUAAAUCUAGGUUAUCUUAAAGAUGAUUCUAAUAACACACUUCUUAAUAUGUCUUAAACUUAUAUAUCUCGCUCUUUUACAGCUUACAACCAAUAAUAUGUUAAUAAUUCUUAAAUUGUAACUGAAAGUUGGGAAGAAAUAAAGAAUUCAGAUUUUUAUUAUGAAACAUAUACCUUUUUUAAAAAUCAUCAACCAUAAUAAUAGUAGCUUAUACUAAAUAUGAUUUACGAAAAUGAAUAAGCUGAAAUUGAAAUCAACAAGUUAGCAAUAAUUAAACAGCUAAUAAAUACUGAUUUAUGGGAUUGGCUUAAAUACAAUUAUAAUGGUAUCUUAUGGAUGAGAUAUGAAUAAUUUGAUUUGAAUGGUGUUCAUCGAAACUAAAAAGAUCUGUAUUUUAUUUUGCCUUUAUCAUAUACUAUAUUAAUUCUUAAAAUCCAAUACUGA